AUGUCAACUUCGUCACGACGGCGGAGAUCGCCUUUAGAACGCUCGUCGUCCCGAUCGUCUUCCUCCGCGUCAUUGUCGUCCUCGUCUUAUGCGUCGUGGGCAUCAACAACGUCUCCGCCUUCUCGCCUGAGGCCACCACCCCCCCCAACAUCAACAUCAACAUCAACAUCAACGUCGUCACCACCACCAACACGAGCACACACAACGACCGUAUCGACCUCUCACGUCUUCCUCUUCCUCGUCGCCUUCCGUCUCCUCAACGCCUUGUCCCUUCGCACCUUCUUUCAACCCGAUGAGUUCUUUCAAUCGCUUGAACCGGCGUGGCAGACUGCGUUCGGCGAAACCCACGGGGCAUGGAUAACAUGGGAAUGGCGACACCAUCUGCGAUCUUCCAUUCAUCCUCUGUUAUUUGCUACGGUUUAUUCCAUCGCCGACCUUGCCGCGCGCGCUCUUCGCCUCUCCCCCGCAUUCCGUGCUGAUCUCCUCAUUGUCGCCCCGAAAUCGGCGCAAGCCGUUCUCUCUGCCAUUGGAGAUUUGUAUACGUGGAAGUUAGCCCGUUAUGUGUACGGACGUCGCAGCCAUGAAGCCUGGGCCGCGCUUGCCUUGACCGUCCUCAGCCCCUGGCAAUGGUUCUGUUCGACACGGACUUUGUCCAAUUGCCUCGAAACCACAAUUACGAUUGUCGCGCUCAAUCUAUGGCCAUGGGAAUGGUCGUCAGACUCCACGCCAACAGUUCAACCGAGGAGGAACACACGCUCCACUACGAGGAAUCCGGGGGCAAUUGAAACCAGGGAUGGUGCGUUUAUUGUCAGGUAUAAUCGGUUCAUUCGAAAUGGUAUGGGUAAUCUUGCUGAGAAAAUAUUUGUUAGGCUGCGCAAGUGUCUUGCUCUUGCUGCGUUUGCGUGUAUCUUGCGACCGACAAACAUCCUGGUAUGGAUGGGUUUAGCUGGCGCCGCAUGGUUUCGGAGCGCUUGGCGCGAGCGGAUGAUCCUCUGUCGCGAGGUUUUGCUUUGUGGUGCCUCGGUUCUCACGGGAUCAGUCAUUCUGGAUCGCCUUUACUACGGACUUUGGACGUUUCCACCACUCAGAUUCCUGUACUUCAACAUAUCCCAAUCUCUGGCAGUUUACUAUGGAAGGAAUGACUGGCACUAUUAUGCAACCCAAGGCUAUCCCCUUCUGCUUACGACCGCACUGCCCUUUGCCCUUGUCGGCCUAUAUCGUACCCUGAGCCAGUCCCGGUCACCCACAGCAAACACUCGGCACGCGUCGGUGCAAACGCAACUGGCAGCUAUCUGUCUCUUCAUGCCGCUGGUGCUCUCACUUAUUUCCCACAAGGAAGUGCGGUUCAUCUACCCAUUGCUGCCCUCUCUGCAUGUCUUGGCGGCCCCGCCGCUGGUGGACUUCUUUCUCCCGGCUGUCUCUCAUUCAAACGGGGCAUACAUGCCCAGACGACUGUCUCUCGUCUUCGUGUUGCUGGUCAACGUUACCAUUGCGAUCUACACAUCUGUAUACCAUGCCUCUGGGACCAUCAACGUCCUCUCAUACCUCCGUGACCAGCAGCAAGCUCACACCACUGUUGACAACUCUCCAUACUCGCCCGGUGCUUCCCAGCGGAUCACAGCCGGGUUCCUCAUGCCCUGCCACAGCACCCCAUGGCGCUCCCACCUGGUCGAUCCGAACAUUCAUGCCUGGGCGCUUUCCUGCGAGCCACCUGUCGACUUGAACGAGUCCCAGAAGGCCGUAUACGUCGAUGAAGCCGACCAGUUCUACAAUGAUCCCAGCCAAUUUCUGCGCGAGAACAUGGUUGGCGGACUGCGCCAUCUACCUCGAAAGCCCAGCUAUCUGACUUCCUCCAAACCUCGGGAAACCAGCCCGCAAGUCUACCAGCAAGCCACCCCGCACGAAUGGCCCGACUAUCUUAUCUUUUUCGCCCCGUUGGAACCCACCCUCCACAGCCUUCUCCGUAGCAGCUCCUACGGCGAGUGUUGGCGCACCUGGAACACCGCCUGGCACGACGACUCUCGUCGCCGAGGCGACAUCAUCGUCUGGUGCCUCGACCCAACUGAACAAGCCGCCUGGCGAUCAGCGACGCGGAAGCGUACCCUCGAGCAUCGCGACCGUCAAUUCGAUCGCAUCGUGGAAGCAUUCCGGAAGAAUGCGCCCGGUCAACGGAAAUCCUCCCCCUGGACCCGAUGGACCUCAUCUCUGUCGGGGCGAUCGGCAUCCUCAUCCUGGUCCUGGCCCUGGGAACAGCGCAGACGGACCUGGCUCGGAAUCCAGCUACCGGUCUGGAAGAAGUCCUCAUGGAACCUUCCAUCAUGGACCUGGCCGAAAUCUUCCAAGAAAAAGACCAGAGCCGUUGAUCGGGAUCUCUGGUCUUAA